CCCCUUUCCCCAGCACAGCACAUGUACAGACCGCCGUCGCCGCCCGCGUCGCAUUUUAAUUUCGAAGUAUUCAGUUCGUCUCUGGCUUGCCAGCUGAUAAGUAAAUCUGCGUCUUAAAGGAAAGCUUGUACCCGUCGGUUUGGACUAGGACACGUAGAGCAUUACCUCUGCUCCCAGGAUGUCUUCUGACUUGAAAGACGGGACGCUACUUGGCUUUGGAAAUCCAUUGCUUGAUGUUCUUGCCACGGUCACUCCUGAUUUGCUAACAAAAUACAAUCUGAAACCAAAUGAUGCUAUUUUGGCUGAUGAUUCACACAAGCCACUCAUACCCGAGAUGGUUGAGAAGUUCAAAGUAGAGUAUAUUGCUGGAGGAUCUGUUCAAAAUACACUCAGAGUAGCUCAAUGGAUUUUGAAAAAGCCCAACGUUGCUGCAUUUUUUGGCUGUGUAGGCCGUGAUUCCAACAGUGAAAUUCUUGAAAAGAAAGCAAGAGAAGCUGGAAUCAAUGUUCAGUACCAGUACAGUGACUCACUUCCAACAGGAACUUGUUCGGUUUUAGUGACUGACAAUGGCCGUAAGAGAUCAUUGGUGGCAGAUCUAUCAGCUGCCAACUGCUUUACUACAGCCCAUAUUCAGAAGCCAGAAAACAAGCAAUUAAUUGAGAAUGCCAAGUUUUUCUACAUUUCUGGCUUCUUCAUGACAGUUAGCCAGGAAACAAUAUUGACUGUUGCCAAACAUGCCCAUGAGACAAGUAGAACAUUGGCAAUGAAUUUAAGUGCUCCUUUUAUAUUCCAAUUUUUCAAGGACGGUAUGAUGGCAGCGAUACCAUAUGUGGACAUUCUUUUUGGCAAUGAAACUGAAGCUUUGACUGUAGCUAAAGAGCUCAAUUUCGGCACAACAGAUAUCCAAGAGAUAGCUGUGAAAAUUUCUGAAUUGAAAAAGGAGGGAUCCAAGCCAAGAAUGGUCAUUAUCACACAAGGCCAUGAUCCCGUCAUACUUGUGAAAGGAGGAACUAUCAAAACUUUUCCAGUAGAACAAAUUUCAGAAUCAAAAAUUGUUGACACUAAUGGAGCUGGAGAUGCGUUUGUUGGAGGAUUCUUGGCUCAGCUAAUCCAAGGCAAAGAAUUGGAUGCCUGCAUUAAAUGUGCCAUCUGGAGUGCUACUCAUGUGAUUCAGCAAUCCGGCUGUGCCUUUGAUUCCCACAUCCAUUAUUUUGGUUAAGAAACAGAUAUGUUAAAUAUCAAUGAAAUGAAUCAAAUUUGUAAUAAAAUACAUUUAGCUUGUAUCAA